AUGAACGCAGCCGGGACCCAAGCUCCAGAGGCCGCCGGUGCCGACGGGACCAGACUGGCGCCGGGCAGGAGCUCGCGUCUGGGGUGGCGGGGGCGGCCCGAGGAGUCACAGGCGGCGGCGGCGCCUCUCGAAGCGGGCGAGUGGCCGGCGGCCCGGGCGCUGCCGCGCUUUCCCCCCGCUCCUCCUCCUCGUCCUCAUCCCGCCACGACGUCCGGCCCGGCCUCGGGCCGGCUGCGGCGGCGUCUCUGGGCUCCGCUGCUGGUGCUCGGGCUGCUGGUGGCCGGCGCGGCGGACGGAUGCGAGCUGGUGCCCAGAGACCUCCGCGGACGGCGGGCGGCGGGCUCUGCUGCGGCGGCCGCCUCCCCUGCCCCUGCCGCGGCGGCGGCGGCGGCGGGCGGCAGCUCGGUGCUCAUGACAGAUCCAUGCAUGUCACUGAGUCCACCAUGCUUCACAGAAGAAGAUAGAUUUAGUCUGGAAGCUCUUCAAACAAUACAUAAACAAAUGGAUGAUGACAAAGAUGGUGGAAUCGAAGUAGAUGAAAGUGAUGAAUUUAUCAGAGAAGAUAUGAAAUAUAAAGAUGCCACUAAUAAACACAGCCAUCUGCACAGAGAAGAUAAGCACAUAACUGUUGAGGAUUUAUGGAAACGGUGGAAAACAUCAGAAGUUCAUAAUUGGACCCUUGAGGACACGCUUCAGUGGCUGAUAGAGUUUGUCGAGCUGCCCCAGUACGAGAAGAGCUUCAGAGAGAACAAUGUCAGAGGAACAACGCUCCCCAGGAUAGCAGUGCAUGAAUUUUCAUUUAUGAUCUCUCAGUUGAAAAUCAGCGACCGGAGUCAUAGACAAAAACUUCAGCUCAAGGCGCUGGAUGUGGUUUUGUUCGGACCUCUAACGCGACCUCCUCAUAACUGGAUGAAGGAUUUUAUCCUUACAGUUUCUAUAGUAAUUGGUGUUGGAGGAUGUUGGUUUGCUUAUACACAGAAUAAGACAUCAAAAGAGCAUGUUGCAAAAAUGAUGAAAGACUUAGAGAGUCUACAAACUGCAGAGCAAAGUCUAAUGGACUUACAAGAGAGGCUUGAAAAGGCACAGGAAGAAAACAGAAAUGUUGCCGUAGAAAAGCAAAAUCUGGAGCGCAAAAUGAUGGAUGAAAUCAAUUACGCAAAGGAAGAAGCUUGUCGACUGCGAGAGCUGAGGGAGGGGGCUGAAUGUGAACUGAGUAGACGUCAGUAUGCAGAGCAGGAACUGGAACAGGUUCGAAUGGCUCUAAAAAAGGCGGAAAAAGAAUUUGAACUCAGAAGCAGCUGGUCUGUUCCAGAUGCACUUCAAAAAUGGCUUCAGCUAACACAUGAAGUGGAAGUCCAGUACUACAAUAUAAAAAGACAGAAUGCUGAAAUGCAGCUAGCUAUUGCUAAGGAUGAGGCAGAGAAAAUUAAAAAGAAGAGGAGCACAGUCUUUGGAACUCUACAUGUUGCACAUAGCUCCUCCUUAGAUGAGGUAGACCACAAAAUUCUGGAAGCAAAGAAAGCUCUUUCUGAGUUGACAACCUGUUUACGAGAACGACUUUUUCGCUGGCAGCAGAUAGAGAAGAUCUGUGGCUUUCAGAUAGCCCAUAACUCGGGACUCCCCAGCCUCACCUCUUCGCUUUAUUGUGAUCACAGCUGGGUGGUGAUGCCCAGAGUCUCCAUUCCACCCUAUCCCAUCGCUGGAGGAGUAGAUGACUUAGAUGAAGAUACACCCCCAAUAGUGUCACAGUUUCCCGGGACCAUGGCUAAACCCGCUGCGUCCCUGGCCAGAAGCAGCAGCUUGUGUCGUUCCCGCCGUAGCAUCAUGCCGUCCUCCCCGCAGUCUCAGCGAGCUCAGCUUCCUGCACAUGCUCCUCAUCCGUCGCACGCGCGGCAGCCCCACCACGCGCCGCACGCGCAGCACUCGUUGCCUUCCCCUGAUCCGGAUAUCCUCUCAGUGUCCAGUUGCCCUGCUCUUUAUCGAAAUGAAGAGGAGGAGGAGGCCAUCUACUUCUCUGCAGAAAAGCAAUGGGAAGUGCCAGACACAGCUUCAGAAUGUGACUCCUUAAAUUCUUCCAUUGGAAGGAAACAGUCUCCUCCUUCAAGCCUUGAGAUAUACCAAACGUUGUCUCCUCGAAAAAUAUCAAGAGAUGAGCUCUCUCUAGAGGAUUCAUCGCGAGGAGAUUCACCCAUAACUGCAGACAUCUCGCGGGGUUCUCCUGAUUGCGUGGGCCUGACAGAAACUAAGAGCAUGAUCUUCAGUCCUGCCAGCAAAGUGUACAAUGGCAUCCUGGAAAAAUCGUGCAGCAUGAACCAGCUCUCCAGUGGCAUUCCCGUGCCUAAACCUCGCCACACGUCGUGUUCCUCAGCGGGAAACGACAGCAAGCCAGUGCAGGAAGCCCCGAGUGUUGCCAGGAUAAGCAGCAUCCCACAUGACCUUUGCCAUAAUGGAGAGAAAAGCAAAAAGCCAUCAAAAAUUAAAAGCCUUUUUAAGAAGAAAUCUAAGUGA